CAAGGCCUUCGACGAUUUAUAGAGACUAAUCGCAGUCGUCUCGGAGAGGCUCAAGCAUUUGUACGCAAUUGGUUUGAGGAUAGAGGCGUUCAUGUGGCCAACUCAAACGCCGGAAACUUUGUUUGGGUCAACCUGGGCGGCGCGCUCGGCUUCGACGACGCAGUGACUGAGAAGCGGGUCUUCCAGAAACUGCUAGAUGGAGGAGUAUACAUUGCUCCUGGGACAGCGUAUCAUAAUUCCAAAGCGGGCUGGUACCGUAUCACAUUCAGCGUCGCGAGGGAGAAUCUGGAGGUCGGUCUGGGCAAGAUAGAGAGCUUGCUGGACUUGAAGGUAGCCAAUGGACAUUAA